AUGAUAUGUGAUAACCAAGACUCCAUGAUGCGCCAAAAGAGAUGCGUUGAGCUUUCGCCUUCUGCACCUACCGCUGAUGAAAAGAGUGCAAAAACAGACACACUAAUUCGUGGUAAAUCCUCUCAAAGACAAAGUCGUCGAAGCCUUUCCUCAUCAUUUGAAACAUACGAUCUCCCCUUGGAACCUACAUUGCCCAAGGUAUAUGCUAUAUUUACUGUAAAUAAUCAUUCUAUAUGCUUCAUCUAGGGAACUUUCAUUUUAUAAUAUUUUAAAAUUAAAACUUUAUAUAACUUUUGGUUUAUCAUAAAUAUAGAUUAAUGUUGAAACUCAGACCGUCGAAGACACCGUUUCCAAACCGGCACUGAAUGGAUUGCCGUUCGGUGAAAUACUCAAGAAAAUAGAUGAAGAACUACGAAAGAUCGCGCGAAGAGACAUGAAUUCUGUUCUUCGCAGAAAGGAUUUUGACGCUAUGAGUAGUUUUUCGUUGGAGAACAUUCUCAAAGAGCUACGAACUGUGUGCCCAGUAACAUUCACAAGUUUAUCCCAGAUGCUAGAUUUGGACUGUGGCAACGAAAAAAAAGUUGCUCCUCUGUGCCUUAUUUACGGCGUGUUGAUGUUUAGACGAUGUCAUGAAUUGAGUUUAAUACUUAACAAUUAUUCGCCGAAGGCGAAGUGAUUACCAGUGAAUAUUCACCGAGACGAAGUCGAGGUGAAUAUUCACCGUAAUCACUGAGCCUGAGGCGAAUAAUUGUUUUAGUAUAAAUUUUUAAUGAAUAAAACAAAAUAUCCAAGUUAUCCAACUAUAAGUUUAAUUAAAAUUCAGAAAUAAAACUGUUUUCGACCGCUUUACGGUUUAGUGUUGCAGUGUUUCUUGUACACGCACGCUUUCAAAAUGGCAUCCUGUGCGACUUUAUUGCUUUAUUACAAAGUUAUUUUUCUCGAUUUCUGCUUAGAAUAUAAACACAAUGAUGGAAUGACGUUUUUACCAGACUUAGAAUUAAAAAAUAGUUUCUGUUUAGCAUUAAUUUGUUCAGGAAAUGGCUGAGAAAUUUGGUAAAAUGAAAUGUAAAACUAUAUCGUUCAAAUUAAUAUAAAAGUUUUAAUACACUUUUCACUUUACAAGUUUUAAAAACACAAAUAGUACAAUACAGCGAAAGGACACCAUACAGCACAAUGAAAACACGACAUAGUCAAAAGAAAUAGUAUCGUACAAAUUGAGAUAUUUAUAGGAUACAAAACAAAAUUGUUUUAAAAAGAAUACCACGGCUUUUCCCAAAAGUGGGGAUAUUUUUUGCUAUUUCAGAUUUACGUUUGAAGCGAAUGUUUCGGAGUUUUAAAUAAGUUUUAAAUUGUCCGUGAAUAUGUUUGACACAGUAAUAUAAUACUAAAUCCUACCUUUCAAGUUAAAUACAACAUUUUGUGCUUUUUUUCUUUUUCUGGGACGAUUUUUUCAAUAUUUUGUCGAUUUUGAAACCAAAUUUGCCGAAUCAUUCUUUUUGAAAAGCAUUAUUUACUACCCAGGUGGUAAAUAAUGCCUCAGAUUUACUAGUCAACUAGCCAAUCAGAACGCGCGAAAGCUCAUUUGAUAUGCAAAAUUUAUACUAAAACGCCUUAUUACCAUCUUACUAGCUGACAGUGACGCCAACACGGAGGUAAAUUAACACAAAAUAUCUAUUUGACUAAUUUUUUUUGACUGCCGAUAAACAAUGUUUCGUGUUUUUUUUUGUAUACAGGGUGUAUCAAAAUUAGCGUUUCAAUGCCUAUAAUUGAAACGGUAAUUAUAAUUUAUAGUGUUUGCAGGGUUUUUUUAUACACCCUGUAUAGUCUGUACAAGCAUUGUGAUGAGCAGCUAAAACUUUUUGCAAAUUUGUUUUAAAUUUUAAUAUUAUAUAGUUCGUAGCAAAGCCACUAAUCUUACUUGUUUUAUACUUGGGCAUAAGCUAUUUUUUACGCACCUUUUCAUGGGAUUUUCAAUGUUCAUAAAAUUUAUUAUUUCUGUCGCAAAUAGUGCACAGAUUUUGUGCCUGGUGUUGUCAAUUUCAUUUCAAUCAAGUCGAAUUCUAUUGUUGUGAUAUGUCACGCAACAUUAAACGCAAUCGUAUCAAAACAAAAGCCUGCUGAGUCUUGUCAUAUAAUUUAUAGUUUAUAUUCGUUUGGAUAGAUAAGUAAAUAUUGCACGGGCCGUGACGAUUUGCGGCGCAUUACAGUUACUGUAAAACUGGUCUAAAGACUAAAAUCUUACAUACAUUGUUCUAAUAGACUAAAAUUGCCAAUUAUUAUAUUAAAGGCUGAUUUCCGCUGUUGCGUUUUUCGUACGCACGUCCACGCACAUAAAACUUUGAAUCCUUCAAUUUUUUUAACAUUUUACAAAUAAGUUGACAAAUGCAUACUAAAACUUGUGGAACACUAAAUUCUGUUGCUUUAUUUAUUUGGUUAUUUCAUAAGUAACAUUUAAACGGAUUUAAAGUUUUACGUGCGUGUACGUACGUAUGAAAAACGCAACAGUGGAAAUCAGCCUUACAACGCGCUUGUACUGUGGCCGUGGGUUCAAUUCCUACCAGAGGACCUUGUGCUGCAUUUUUGCAGUCGUUCCUGGUUAGGUCUUAAAAUGUAUAUAUUCUCACUUGGAUUACAAACCCUAACAUACUAAUAUUGUACUGUUGUACAACGUUUUAGUACCCUGAAGACGACAUGGGUUCACGUGCCAAAAGCUUAUUUUAAAUAAAUAUUAAUGGUGAAAAUAACUUAAAUUAGCAACAUUAGUUAAUAUUUUGGCUAAUUGUGUUACUAAAGCUUUGCAUGUCCUUUUUUAUAUGUAUACUGUAGGUAUAUGAGAAAUUCAACAAGUUUGGUCUUUGUCUGGUAAAAACAAUGAAGUAUACCAUACAGGAAGACAUUGGUGCUCAUUUCCUAGACAAAGUCGUACAGGAAGUUAAGGAUGGAAGAACAUUCUCCUUUGUCAUUGACAACAUUGACUGGGAGGAGCAUGUUCAUGAAAUGCGGUCAGAUAACCAAAACCAGAGUGUGCAUGCCGUAGCAACAUCUAUAGUGUUUGAUCGUGUUUCAUCCAGCCACUUUGCCAAAUGA